AUGGACGUUCCAGUCGAUGUGGACCGCUUCUGCAACGAAGUCAUUGAAGAAGGCAUUGCUGCGCAGGAUGGUGUUGAUGGACAACGCCAAGCUUCUUCGUCUGUGCAACAGCCCCCAACGGCAGUUAGUGGCACAUUUGUUAAUGCGCACGCGAGAGACGUGCAAUGUAAAGUCGAAGAGUCGUCUGAAGCAAGAACGUAUUCGGAGGAAUUCGACUUUGGCACAGAUGAACAGCAAUGUAUAUAUGAACAGCAGCGUUUCUCUAGCGAGCGAGGAGGAGUUGAGCAGCACAGAGUCAGCGGACGAGGAAGAUUGUCACAUAGUUCCUCAGCAGCAUUAGCUGCAUUAAGUCCACACAAUUAUUGCAGUCAACCAACGAUUGUUCAGACACCAACAUUUAACCAACAAACCCAUAAAAACUACCAAAAACACCACAAAAAUACCAACAAACAAAGCACAGGCACACAAAGUCAAUCACUAUACCAACAGCAUCAGUCAAUCUCAAGCAGCGAUUACAUUUCGGAUAACGGUUUACUCGGCGCCUUACAUGAGGUGCCAAGCCCCUUCAAAGAAGAACAGUACCGUCAGCCGCAUUCUAUUGCUUCCUCAUCCUCUACUUUUUAUAACUGCUCUUCCAACAUUUUAGCUAACAAUUCAUACUCCAAUUAUGAGAAAUAUCAAGACAUUAAUGAGGAGUGUUAUGAAGAAAAUGUUGAGUCUCCAAUGUUGCCAUUGUGUCAGAAGAAUGAUUUAGGCAAUGGUGAUUUUGAAGAUUAUCAACAGGAUCCUCACUCUUCAUUUGAUUAUGGUCUAGAACACCAACAACAAUGGAUGAUGGAUACAGUAGAUGAUGAGCAAGUUCUGAUAAAUGAUGGAGAUGAAAUGUUUUACCAGAAUCACCCAGAUAGUUCCUUUUCUUCCACUAAUUUCCCCUUUUUAGUUGAUGGAUUAGAAGAUGAUUCAUCCUCUUUACAAUUAUAAAAAAAUUUUUUUAAAUUUGUUCUUGGAUACCAUUAAAAAUUUUUCAUAGGAGUUUAUUUAUCCGUUGAUAUUAAAUAACCUUGGAAAUUUAAGAUGUAAAUUAAAGAUGAUAUCCCUGAACUGAUUUUGCAUUUUAUGUAUAUGUUUAGUUCCUCUAAAUACACCGUAAAGCCUGUAUUAUUAUGACAUCCUUUAUUUAAAUUUCGGAAGAAUAUCGUGAAAACUAGUGACUAUAAACAGGUCUUACGGUAUUUAUCAUGUAUUUAGGUAUUUUUUGGUAUUUCGACACCUCUAAAAAUGUAACAAUUUUCAUUUUGAAUUUGCUUUUACAGUUAAAUUACUCCCCUAAGUUUGAAUAUCCAAGGAAAACACAAUUUAACAUAACGCCAAGCUUUUAUCAGAUACCAAAAAAUAUUUUAUUUGAAUCCACAGUAUUUUAUUGUCGUCUUUUUUAUAAUUUUUGUAGUAAUUUAUAUAUG